CUCCGGAAGUGAGGCGUUUAUUGACAAUAUGGCGACCGGACCAGCUGAGAGGGGACCUGACAUUUUUCGGUUUUGUCAGUGACCGCAGAUGUGGAUGAUCAAAGCAAAAUCUGUGCGCGAUAGAGUGUUAUGAAUGAAGGGACUCGGGAGCUGUCGGGAUGUUGUCUCUGAGCUGAGCGAGCGUUCACAGCUUCAGAUUCAUCAUGUCGUUCUUCAGACGGAAAGCUAAAGGAAAGGAACCUGAGAGACCAGCAGAUGCCAAAGCCAGCAAAGCCCCAGUGUCGCCCCACUCCCCCUCUCUUAGCGGCAGUAAUCAUCAUGCUAUCCUGGAUGCAGCAGGACCCAGCCAUGUGGCCAUCAAUGCUAUCUCAGCCAACAUGGACUCCUUUGCCCGCGGCCGCACUGCUAUUCUCAAAAAACAGCCUAGCCACAUGGAGGCAGCACACUUUGGAGACUUAGGUCGCUCCAGUGUCAACUACCAGGUUCAAGAGACUCGCUCUCGGCUUUCUAAAACUGUAGACCAGAUCUUGCGGGAUAAUCUGGCCUUGCCCUACUUCAUACAGUUAAUGGAGACCCGCUCAGCUGAGCACCUGGUCCGCUUCUGGCUUGAGGCUGAGAGCUUCCGAUCCACCAGCUGGUCUAGGGUCAGAGCACACAGCCUCAACUCAGUCAAACACAGCACCUUGGCUGAGCCUGCGGCUGGCCUGGAAUCCCCCGACUCACCAGACUCUCCAAACGACCCCAGCAGACCCUCAGCUCUGGAUGAGGGAGACGAAGAGGACACUUUCUCCUCCCGGACGUCCUCCAGACCUCACACCCCCAGCCCCCAAGACACUAACUCUCAUACCAGGGCUCUGAUUGGCCACCGGAACUCUGUUAGCUCAGAGGGGGCGGCCCGGCCUGGGACUCCCCACCUGCAGCCCACCCUAAGGUCAGAAACGCCCACCAGACAGCCCUCCUCCAGGACAGGCACUCCAGUUAAAGGCCAGUCUACUAGUGGCCUCUCUGAGAAACUUAUGAAAAGUGAGUACCAGUUAUGGCACUUUAGUGAGUUCUUGCGGAGCCAUUAUUUCUGUAAGUACCAGAUCGAGGUGCUGACCAGUGGUUCUGUGUUCCUUGCGGACAUUCUGUUUUGCGAGUCAGCCCUCUUCUACUUCUCUGAGUACAUGGAGAAGGAGGAUGCAAUGAAUGUACUGCAGUUCUGGCUGGCUGCAGAAAACUUUCAAGAUCAUUUGGCUUCCAAAAAAGGCCAGUACGAUGGACAGGAAGCCCAGAAUGAUGCCAUGAUUCUCUAUGACAAGUAUUUUUCACUCCAAGCCACAAAUCCGUUGGGUUUUGGUGACUCUGUACGGAUGGAGAUUGAAUCCAAUAUCUGUAGAGAAGGCGGACCUCUCCCAGACUGCUUCAACACUCCAAUAAGACAGGCCUGGACCACCAUGGAGAAGGUAUACAUGCCAGGCUUUCUGUCAAGCAACCUUUACUACAAGUAUUUGAGUGACCUUAUCAACUCCGUACGGGUGGACGAGUUUACUGGAGGAAAUGCCAACACUCCGAACCAGGGCUGGACCCCAGAAGGCGACCGCAACUCUAGCGUCAUGGAAGGGUCACAAGCCCAGCAAGGAUCUAAAAAAGCGGCAGUCAAGAUCCUGAAGAACUUUGAUGAGGCGAUAACGGUGGACAUCGCCAGUCUGGACCCUGAGUCUCUCUAUCAGAGACCAUAUGCUGGAAGAAUGACCUUUGGGAAGGUGAAUGAGCUGGGCCAGUUCAUCAGAGAGGCCGAGCCAGAGCCAGAUGUGAAGAAAUCCAAGGGUUCCAUGUUUUCUCAAGCAAUGAAGAAAUGGGUGCAAGGAAACUCAGAUGAGGCACAAGAAGAGAUGGCAUGGAAGAUCGCAAAGAUGAUCGUCAAUGACGUCAUGCAGCAGGGACACUAGGGAAGCCCUGAAGUGAAGUCAACAAAACUCUGACCCUCUCGUUCAGUGUGGAAGCAGCUCCUACCCUCCCUCCUGUCGCACCCUCUGCAUAAUGACUGGAGAAGCAAACGACCAGAAGACGAGCACAUUAACAUAUCAGUGAGGACCUGAAAGAGGCAUUCCAUGACUUCCUGCAUGUGUUUGUGUGUGAGAGUGUGAGUGUUUAGAUAUGCACACUAAUAGCCAAAAUAAGUUUUCUGUAUGAUCCACCCCAUCAUUUCUAGCACUUGUUUAUUGUUUGAAGAGGAGUGUAAUGAGUUCAGCUACAGAAAUGAAUAAACCUGUAAACAAACAAGCGAGAGCUGUCGCACAGCAGACCAACAGAACAAAAUCUCAACAUUCAGAACAAGACUUUCAAGAUUUUCAAACUGUACCUGUCGCUGUUGCAGUUUAGCUGUUACCAUGUCGACCAACAGGAAGUGCACAAGAAUCUGAACAGGAACUACAAUGUGGCUGUGACUUAAAUAUUUCCUUCCUUAUCUUAGUUCUUAUCUCAGACUUCUCUUUUAUCUUUCUUUUUUGUUCACUUUUUAAAAGAAUGGCUAUGAAGUGCUUAGGCCUGUUUUAGUAAAAACAAACAGAAAAACUAAAAUGCAUAAAUAUCCAAGGUGGCUACGUACAGUUUUAUUUACAGAUUUACGGUAUGCCAUAGUUGACAUACGUCAGCCAGUGUCUGAGACUGUUCAGUCCCUCUCUCAUGGACCUGAAGUGACUGAACUAAUGAACUUGGGCCUGGAAAAUGUUCCCUGACUCCCUCUAGAACCCUGUCCAGAUCUGAUUCUAGACUUCGAGAUAUACAAACUGAACUUCUAGGGCAAUGUUUAUCCCUGUUCUGUAUAAAUGUGGAUUCCUGGUUUACUGCCAUAUAUUAAUGUUAGUUCUUUUUAUGGUGAUUGUCUUUUUUUUUCUUUUUUUUUUUUUAAUGAUAUGUCAAACUCUGUCUAAGCAAAUCUCAAUGAUGACUGUUCCCCUUGAAACGUGUAAUUGGACAUGAAGUUAUUGCUUUGGACCUCAUUGAGAUGUGGACGAGAAACAGGAAAAAGACUUUUGGUACUAUGUACCACUAAUAUGUUUUCUGACGUAUAUGUGUGCUUAAUCUAUAAUAUAUUUAAAUGUGUUUGAUUUAAAUACAUAUAUUGUUGAAA